AACACAAAUAUAAACAACCUACAAAUAAUUAAGUUUUCCAAUGAUCUCCCUUUGUUUAACAACGUCAUGACGUCAUAGUCAUGUUUGACGUCGUUUUCAAGCAACGAAGACAUACUGUACCUCUGCGUUGACUACUGCAACUUAUUUCAUAAUGGCUGAAGAAGAUAAAACAGGAUGUUUCGCUUGGUGUGUGAGAGCGAAACAAGCAUGUAAUAAAAGAUGGGCUCGAACAAUGAACCGACUCCGUCGCCGCUUUUACGCCAGACGAGGCCAACGAGUGGAUCCUGAGACGGACUUAGAUGAGGCAGGGGCACGGGAUAUGGUGUUGUCCAAGAAUUAUAUUGAUAUACCUGAUAUGUUUGCCGCAAAAGACACGGUCACAGCUGAUGAUUGUGUGGCAAGACUUCUUCAAGCAGCCGCCGAAAAAUUGGCGUCUGAAGCACAGUUGCUAAACAACCGCAACGUUAUCCAAAUGGACGCAGACGAUAAUAUUUCCACGACAUCUAGUGUGACCAGUCGUAAGUUAUUGCCUGAUUCUUUAUUAAUAUGUUUUUUUUUACAAUAAAGACGUUUUAGGUGAUAGUUUAAUAUUGUUACUUUAAGGUGAAA